AACAACCGAUCACUGAAGACAGUUGGGGUGGUUUCUAAAAAAUUCAUUAGUAAUUUUAUUAAUUUACAUAAAAUUUAUCUGAACUCCUCCCUGUCCUCCAUUUACGUUCUUCAACAACCUCUCCCAACUACAUUUCCAACCUUGCUCUCUCUUCCUUUCUCUCUGUUUCUUUUGCUAUACACAAAUACUUGCAAUGUCAGAACCCUUUGCUACCUUAAGCUCCGACCUUACAGAACUAAUCCUUUCUCAUCUCCCCAUCCCUUCCCUGCUCCGCGCCUCCGCGGUCUGCAAACUCUGGCAUUCUCUUAUCUCUGCCCCUUCUUUCCGUUCUCUUCCUUACCACCACCGUCCAUGGUUCUUCCUCCACGGCCUCCACAACACCUCUUCCAAAAACAAUCAAUCUUUCGCCUUUGAUCCUUCCUCUGACUCCUGGUUUCGUCUCCCUCCCUUUCCUAUCCUUUCUCAUGACUUCAUUGGUUCCAAUGGGUUCCUCUUUUCCACCUAUCCUUCUUCUUUCUUCUUUUCCCCUGUUCUUAAACCUAGAUGGAAAUCGACCUCUCCUCUUCGAUUUUCAAGAAUUAACCCUCUUGUUGGUGUUUUCUUUAAUGGUACUAAAGAUUCCAAACCUCAAUUUAUUGUUGUUGGUGGCGUUAGAUUUAUUGGUAAUUUGGUUGAUAUUGAAGAAAGAUUGAAUGUUGAAAUUUAUGACCCCAAUUGUGAUACUUGGGAUCUUCUUCCUCCUUUACCUGCUGAUUUUCGCUCUGGUAAUUCGUCUCAGACUUUAUCUUCUGCUUUAUUCAAAGGUAGAUUUUAUGUCUUCGGAAUAUACAGUUUCUUUGUUUCUUUUUUUGAUUUGAGUAACCUUGUUUGGAGUCAAGUACAAACGUUAAGGCCGCCUGGUGUGCUUUUUGCUUUCUUGAUUCCUUUUCAAGAAAUGCUUGUCUUAGCUGGUAUGUGUAAUGGGCCGGGAGGGCCAUCUUUCAACUUAUGGAGAAUUGAUGACAAAAAUAUGGAAUUUAGUGAAAUUGCAAUUAUGCCAAAUGAAUUGCUUUAUGGGUUGGUUGAUAUCGAGGAAGAUGAUAAAUUUGCAAGCUUGAAAUGUGUUGGCAUGGGAAAUCUUAUUUAUGUGUUCAAUGAGGAGUAUCAUAAGAAGUAUCCUGCUUGUAUUUGUGAAAUCAUUGGUGAGUCUGGUAAGUGUAGCUGGAGGAGAGUGCCCCCAUUGCCAUCACCUGUUAACAAGUUUCACAAAGUUAUCAGCUUUUGUUCUACAGUUUUGCCACAAAAUAUUUUUGUGGAUGAUGAUGAAGAAGAAGAAAGUGGAUUGGUGGAGCCUAUGUCUGAUUGAUUUGCUUCUCUACAUGACAGGUAUAGCAGGACUCAAACAUAUAUGUUUGGGAGGUUUCACAUGUUCAUUGAGAAAAAAGAAAAUGUUUUUGAUGAACAGGGCCUACCUAUCAUUAGGACAAAGAUCAGAAGCUUUUAUUUAGCUACUCACACAAGAUUCUACAAGGGAAGUGGAGAACAGAAUCGGUUCAGGGCAGGUGUGUUCAUGUUUUAAUCUUCUUUAGUUGAUCAAAUCCCUGGAGACUUCUCAUAUGCCAGGAUCAAUAAAAUUGAAGUUGUCUAUUGAUUAAAUAACAAGCCAAAGCUGUCUAAUUGUGAAUUAUCUGAUGCACCUACUUAUGCACUGUAUUAAGUUCCAGCUUAUAUUCUCCCUGUAAGUGUUUUAAUUGAAGAUCAGUUUUCUUUCAGUUUUCUUUUGGAUA